CUCUGGCCACCAUGGGGUAAAAACAUGUCUAGUCAGGGUGCGGGACGACAGACCCUGCUCUUGCCCUGCACCCAGCAAAGUCCAAACGUCCAGUCCGGUCAUUGGCUCGUCUUGCUCUUUUUUGCUUCUUGGAAGGAGGCUGCAAUGAAGACUGGAAGGCUGAAGUCCAUCCGGGGAGGGGAGCAAACAAAUCGGGGAGCACUCCGCAACCCUCGGGGGACUUUCGAUUUCGCUUUAGUCUCUUGCGCGGUCAAAGCGCCUCCCUGCCUCGCCUCGUCACCUUUGCCUGCCCCAGCCCAGGGGCUGCCAGGAGUCAUGCUUCGCUCAGCCCUGCCACCCGCCCGGCCCAGGAGGUGCCCCCCUUUCUGAUCCUGGCUCCGCCUCUUCCCUCCUUCCUCCCAGUGUGUAUCUAAUCCCCCCCGCCCCCCAAGCCUGCCUGUGCUGCCCCAGGCACCUCCCGGCCGGCGAGACACACAACUGGAACGCUAACGAGCGGAGAGGACAGCUGCAGGAUGGCAGGGAAGGACUUGGAGAGGUGCCAGCAGCAGGCAGAUGAAGUGACUGAAAUCAUGCUGAACAAUUUUGAACGGGUCCUGGAGAGGGAUGGCAAACUAGCUGAGCUGGAACAGCGAUCCGACCAGCUCCUUGAUAUGAGCUCUGCCUUCAGCAAGACCACCAAGACAUUGGCCCAGAAGAAGCGUUGGGAGAACAUCCGAUGGCGAGUGAUCCUGGGCCUGGUCGUGGGUGCUUUAGUGGUAGUCCUUCUCAUCACGCUGCUCGCCGUCUUCAUUCCCCGGGAGUGAGCAUUGGCCACAGGGUAGGGGGAUUCAUCCAAGGCCGGGAGACUGUGCCAGAACUCGGGGAAAGAGAGGCCAACCCCACCCACCCCACUGAGCCUCUUGUGCCGCUGGGGCCCUGAGAACCGUGGAUGGUGAUGGAGUUGGAAAAACUCUGGGGACGUUUCUUGAGUGGACUUGACUCCACCUCAUACGCUGUUACUAGCCAUUGAUGCCUUGAGGCUUGCUGACCCUGAGCCCUGCUGACCCUGAGCCCGACAGGGUCCAAGCUAUCCUGCCCCACUGCUGGACCCUACAGAGCUCAGUAAAUACCACUAUUGGGUAAA